ACGUCAUCUGAUCUUCACUCGCCCCUGAGCGCCAUGACCUGCGGAUAGUAAAAACCGCCCGGGUCAGCCACUUGUGGCGGUUGAAGCCUGAGGAGGUUUCCAAAGGUCGAGACCGGCAGACAGCCCGGGGAUAUCUAGGCGAAGUCGUACACCGCCCAGGCCACGCCCACGUGCACUUCAACCCAGUCACAGCUCGCUGUAACACACCAGUCAAACGUGAAACGAUGUGAAAACCAACCGCACACACACAUCUUUCCCACAACACCUCACAAGAGUAUAAAACUGCCAUCGUACCCUUCCAAUGCAUCACACUAUCCAAGACCCUCUCAGUGCGUCUACCGUCUCCGAAGACUCCUCCAAUAUGGCCGCCGGUCGUUGUCUUUUCGCUGCGCUCUUCGUGGCUGCCCUGGCGACAGUGACCCUGUGCCAGUUCGAGCUGGGUGGUUACGGGAGCCCGUUCGACGCCGGAUUUGGAGGGCCAGGAGGCUACGGCGGCCCCAGUGGCAGCUUCAACAGUUACUGGAACGGCUACGACAACGGCUACGGCGGUACGACGCUCUACCCUCGGGAUGGAGCUGGCUACGACCCCGGCUACGGCCGUGGCUACGGAGUCUACGGCGCCGGCUAUGGCUACGACGGGUUCUUCUAAAAAUAGCACGCCACAGCCAUGUUGGGGAAAUACGGUUGUGAUCUUUUCAGCCUGUAAUAUUUGGUAUUUCUUCUGCGUUCAGUUGUUGACAAAAAUUGCAAUUUCGUUAGCGUGUAAUCAAGUGGAUUUGUGAUCGUCAUUCGUCAUUGUCCAAUCCAGUGAUUUUGCGCUUGUAUCAUUCGGCAUCCAGUCACCUGAUGCCGUUACUCGACUCCAUGCCCGUUCAUCGUUCCUCUGACGUCACUGAGUUGGUCCUGUGACGUCAUCAGUGUUGUGUCGCUGUCAGCUGAGCCCGCUGGGUGUCGCUAAGGGUACCAGAGCGGCGGCGCGUAACCGACUGGAAACACUGGUGGCGUGGUUGAAUUUGUGCGGUUCGUAUAUCGGUUUCCCGCCGUUCUUGUGUCACUUGAAAUUAAUGUGUUGUGAAAUACAUGCAUGUGCAACAGCA